AUGAUACCCGUCACUUUCAUUGCUGCCAUUGCGGCAUUUCCUUCCGUCGUCAACUCGGUCGCGACCGGUUUCAAAUCGGCAUUGGAAAGACGUGGCUUCGAUUGUGGGAAGCCCGCAGACGGCCUCACUCAAGAUGACUGCGAAUACAUGUCAAGCAUUGGAAUGGCCGGCCAAGGGGUGAACGCCAAGUCUCCCGCGCCCAAUAUAAAUAUCUGGAUAGGCGAUCAGGGGCCCAGCAAGCUCAUCUUCACCAACGCAGGCAGCGAACCCGUCAUAGUCAUUGUGUGGGAUUUCCCCAAAGGCGAUUAUCAGGCCAGCUUCAUGAACGCACGGCGGCCUAAAGUCUCAUUCUCGCUGCCAAAACACGGCGACAGCGUCAGUGUGUCCAUGGGUAAUGGCGUAUCUGGCGGCUGGUCCGCUCUCGUCAACCGCAAAACUCGGCUUUCUGCAAACGGUCAAAUCGACAAUACUUGGGGCGAGUUUACGAGCGGAGAGCACGCAACGGUUGACAUAUCUCGUCUGAUCAACAUGUCGGGAUCUCACAUGGUUGCUCGCACCAAGGGAGGGUGCACAACCGGCAUGGACAAAUGUGUGUUUCUCUGCAAGGCCGGCAACACUUGCUGGGAGGCGGGCUCCUAUAUAUUGGACAAGUGCGGACCAGGCAGCCAGCCCGGGGCCAAUUACGGUGUUUUGAACGGAAACCCAGAAGGUGGUUGUCAGGGAUGGGAAAAUGGCGGCCAUGUAAACGUUGAGCUGGGCAAACCGGCCUGA